GCCGUCCCCAGUGCCUCGUUCACGGUCCCGCCUGCUUGCGUGUCUACUGUGCAUUCACACCGCCCCUUGGCCCCUCUGCCCCCCUUCUAGCCCCGCGCACAGUAACGCCCACGCACCAGUGCAGCCGAAGUUACUGCGCAGGCUCCACCCGCCGCCCAAAGCUGCUCAGUAACAGCCAAUCAGCAACGUGCGGUAGCAACAGACUGUAACAUUCCUCCGGCAGCCCCCACUGAGACUACAAUUCCCAGCGUUCCGCUGCUCCCGGCAGGCAAUGCUCUGCCGUGGGCCCGGCCGGGGCUCGUGCCCGUUACAUUCAGAUCUGUAGUCUCCGGCGCACGGAAGGGUCACCGUUGUAAUCUCCUCCCCGCGGAAAGGCGCACGGCUGGGGAGUGCUCGUGACGGGCGGCUCCGUUCCAGUCCCGAGCGGAGAGGGCGUUCUUCGGAGCAGCCGGAAAGACUCAGCUAGGCUCGUCUCCGCCUUUCACAACUUCCGCUGCAUUGGGAAGCCAUGGAGGAGGGAAGAGGUUAUCUCUGAUUGGCUGAAGGGAAAGCGAGGGGCGGGAAGAAAGACCGUUAACCCCGGCCGCUCUCCAUUUUGAUUGGAUACAGGGCCCGAGGCCGACGCGGCUGCUGGGGUGGAAAGUGCUCUUACUGGCUGCGGCGUCUCCCGGAAGGGAGGGGAGAGGUGUUGGGCCCAAGGAGACGUGAGCGCAGGGCGCGAGCUAAACCGGGGAAACUCCGGGACUCGUCACGUGCGGGGCCUGUCUCAGGAACGGUCGGUCUAGGGCCGUUGGUGAGCGCGCAGGCGCUCGGCGGGGCUGAGCAUGGCGACGGCCCAGGCCCUGGAGAGCCUGCAGGUAGAGGCCAGCUGCUCCAUCUGCCUGGACUACCUGAGUGACCCCGUCACCAUUGACUGUGGCCACAACUUCUGCCGGGGCUGCAUUGCCCGCUGCUGGGAGGAGCUGGAAGGCCACUUCCCCUGCCCAGUCUGCCGCCGGCGCUUCCACCUCCGCUGCUUCCGUACCAACCGCCAGCUGGGCAAUGUGGCUGAGAUCGCCAGGCAGCUCCGUGCCAAGCGUAGCAAGCGCCACCGGCGCCCCCGCCCUGAUGCCGCCAGGGCUCUCUGCAACAAGCACCAUCAGGUCCUCAGUCUCUUCUGCGAGAAGGACCAGGAGGCUGUGUGCGUAGCCUGCCGUAUCUCCUGCCACCACCGUGACCAUGCCGUGGGUCCCCUUGACAGGGCCGCCCUGGCCCAUAAGAAGAAGCUGCGUGCCUACCUGGCUCCCCUGAAGAGACAGGUAGAAGAUGCUCGUAAAUUCCUCUCCAGUGAGCAGAAGAAGCCAGCUGAGCUGAGGGAGAAAGUUGAGAGCCGGCGGCAGAAAAUUGCAUCCGAGUUUGAGAGGCUGCACCAAUUCCUGCAGGAGGAGCAGCAGGCCGUGCUUCGGCGGCUAGAGGAUGAGGAGAAGGAGAUUCUGCAGAAGCUGAGUGAGAACUCUGCCAAGCUUGCCGACCACAGCACCAGCCUUAGUAAGCUCAUCACAGAGAUUGAGGAGAGGUGCCAGCAACCAGCCAUUGACCUACUGAAGGGAAUCAGGAGCACUCUGAACAGGUGUGAAAACAUCAGGAUCCCCAAGGCCAUCUCCAUUGAGCUGAAGAAGGACAGUUGCAAUUUUCCAUUGCAGCACUUUGCCCUGAAGAAAAUGAUAAAGAAAUUCAAAGCAGAUGUGACGCUGGAUCCAGAAACAGCUCAUCCUAAUCUAAUACUCUCUGAAGACCGCAAAAGUGUGAGGUUCGGAGAGACCAGGCAGGAUCUGCCUGACAAUCCUGAGAGAUUUACUUACUAUCCAUUUGUUCUGGGCUCAGAGGGAUUUGUCUCAGGAAGACAUUACUGGGAGGUGGAGGUGGGAGAUAAGACUCAAUGGACUUUGGGAGUUUGUAGGGACUCUGUGACUAGGAAAGGGAAGAUUACACCAUCACCUAAGGAUGGAUAUUGGAGACUCAGGCUGUGGAAUAAAGAUGUUUACACAGCUCUUACUUCCAGUCCCACACCCCUAGUGUUGAGAGUGAAGCCUAAACGGAUUGGGAUUUUCCUGGAUUAUGAGCUAGGAGAGAUUUCAUUUUACAAUCUGAAUGACCAUUCUCACAUCUUCACUUUCACUGAAACUUUUACAGAGAAACUCCGCCCUUUUUUUUAUCCUGGAGUCCAUACAACUCCUCUGAUAAUCCGACCAGUUACAGAGUGGGAAUAAUGAAAUCAGGACAUUUAAAAAAAACCUGGUUUUCUAAAUUUAUUUUAUUUUAAAGUGGUCAUCUUCACUUCUAAUAAUGAACUGAAGACAUGGUGGUUUAAGGCCAGAAGGGACCAUCAGAUCAUCCAGGCUAAGUUCCUGUAUAUCCUAGGCCACCAACUCCACCCACGACCCACACAUUGAAUUAAAAAAAAACAAGAGUUCAAAACCAUUAGAACAGUUGUUGACCUUCUCACAGUAAUUUCUUUCUACGAACUGAAGGCAUAUUUUCUUUUAACUAAUGGAAGAAUUGGCUUGUUAGCUGCUGGUAGAUAUCCCCUUCUCCUCCAGAGUGGAGGGGAGAAUCCAGGAUAUCAAGGAGUAAACUGAUACAAGAUGACAUUGUCUGCAAGUUUUAUAAACAACACUGAUGUAUAGAAAGUUACAUGCGUUGAUGCUAGUAUGGCUCUUUUGUUAGCGGAAUGAUAUAUGUUAACUUUUGCUGGGAGUGCAAACAGCAGUUAAAGUUGUAUUUAGGCUUCCACUAUAAGUUCUUGUUUUCAAAUAUUCAUGAUUUUUUGUGUAAAGUUCAGGAAAAUCUGUCAACUUGUUUUUUAACUUAGGAAUCUUGGGGAUAAAAUGGCUUUUUUCUACCCUAAAACAUGGUAUUAGUUUCGGGUGAUUGUCAAAUGGUAUAAUGGAGUUUCAUGUGUUUUACUAAUUCUAGACCAAAUUUGUUCAGUUUAGAAGCUAAUAAAAUGGGUUUUUGUUCAUUUUUGUGUCAGUCCUGCAGACUCACUCUUAGCACUGACAGUCAAUCUGUCUUUUGUUUAGGCAUAAUCAAUAAAGAUUCUGCAGAUUAAAUUAUAAUCCUAUUACAGAUCCAGUUCAGUUAUCUUUAAGAGGUUUGUAUACAUACGUAACUGAAGGCAAAAUUUGUCCCUCCAAGUGAAAUUUUAACAAAACUGUUUCACCAUAAUCAGACUGACAUUCACAGCAUCAACCAUUCCUCUUCCCUCCUACUCCCCCCCCCCCCCAAAAAAAAAAUCUUACAGAAAGUUCUGUGCUUAGGGUAAACUGAAAAAGGAAAAAAAAGCAAGAGGAUCCAAGUAGCCUACUAGGGCCUGUCAACAUUUGGAAGCUUAUGAAAAUGCCCAUUCUGGAAUAAUUAUUACCGAGUAGUAACUUUGGUAUAAACUGCUAUGUGGAUACUCUUUUUCCAGGAUUCAUCCCUCCUCAUUCCAUUACUUUUGAUGAGGUGGGGAUCUCCACAUCUGAUUUGGAGCUACAGGAAUGCUAUGACAUUAUUUAUGGAUUCCCCCCCAAAUGAAACUGAACGGAAAAAACCCUAAAUCAAAGCAGCAGUAAGGUCACAAUUUAAAUAUGCACAAAAGUAUAAAGAGCAUGCUGCCCCUGCCCCUCAGUUCUUUCCUCCCAGAAAGACAUGGACAUGGAAUGGACACGUGCAACACAUCUCAAAGAACACAAGGGAAGGUAGAUAAUUUUUUUCUUCAAAUGAUUUUACAUAUGCAUUCCCCUGUAGGUGACUCACAAGCAGUUUGAACUGGAGGUAGGCUCAGAGUCUACUUGAACAAGAAUUGUAGGACCCUGCGUCAGCAUCUUUUAUUGUGUCUAGGUUGAUAGGAGAUGGCAUAAGAGGAGGCAAACGUAUGGACUAAUGACCAGAUUGCCAACCUACAAAGGUCCAAUAUGGGUACAGAAAGGAUGUGGAAGCUGCCUGCAACCUGGUUGAGUGAGCCACAUCAGCCAAUCAGUAGCAUAAAUGAAUACAGGUGGAAAUCCAGGAAGAGAUCCUCUGGGUGGUUUAGGGUGGCCCCUUACUCUGUCUGAAACCACAGUGAAGACCUGAAUGGUUUAGUCUGAUCCAGGUAAAAAGCCAAAGCUCUUCUAACAGCUAGAGUAUGAAGUUUUUCAUCCCUUUUUCUUGAAUGUGGCUUUGGAAAGAGUUGGUAAAUAAAUUGCUUGAUUAAUGUGAAAAAUCAGAAGCCACUUCAGAUGGGAAUUUAGGGUCAAAAGAAAAUCUUGUCACUGAAGAAAAUUGUAUAGGGAGGCUCUGAUACUAAAGCUUCUAGCUCUCUUGCUCUUCUGGCUGAGGUUAUAGCAACCAAGAAAGCCACCUUUAUAGACAGGAAGAACAGAGAACAAGUCACUAGCGGCACAAAAGGGACCCACCAGCUUUGCUGGAACCUAAAUUUAAACAACUCUGUGGAACCAGACUAUGAACCUUAGAGUACAAUCUGAGAAAACCUUUUAGAAAUCGGAUGGAUGGAUGGAUAUAGGUUUUGAAAAAAAUUGAUAGUUAUCCACAGGAGGGUGGAAAACAGAAUUCAUCUGAGUCCAUCAGAGUUCAUCUGGCAGCUAAGGGCUAAUCCUUGCUGUUUCAGAAAAAAAAGAUAGUUCAAGAUUUGGCAAAUCAGAGCCUGAGCUGGAGGGGGGUACUUUUUUGUAUGAGACAGAGAAACUCCUCCAUUUAGCUAGUUAAGUAAACUUUGUUGAAGGUUUUCUACAGUUUAGCAGCGCUUCCUGCAUCCCUUAGAAUAAGGUGAGCAGACCCUUGCUUGACUUUUGACAGGAGCAGAACUGGAGGGAAGGCAUACAGCAGGCCUUUUGACCGGGGUAUAAGGAAAGUAUCUAUCAGUGAACUUGGGCCAUGACCAGCUCAGGAACAAAAGAGACAUUCUUUUGUUUCCUCUUGUUACAAAUAGGUCCAUUUAGGAAAUUCUCCACUGCUGGAAAAUGGCCCUAGAUACAUCUAGGUUAAAAGAUCACUCAGUGGUGACCUGCACAUGACCCCAUAGUGGUGACCCAAUCAAGUAGAGGUGACGUGGGAUGGGCAGCCCCCAGAUUUCUGCCAUGGUUUAUACCUUUUUCUUCUUUUUUGGGGGUGGGGACUUGGUUCAAAAUACAAGUUCUCGCCCCCCUCCCACUAUCAAGAGUUAUGUUUCACUUCUGUGCUCAAACAGUCUGCUAGAGUGUUUUGAAUUCUCAUAACGUACGCAGCUUUCAGGGUGAUGGAACUGGAGAGGCAGAAAAUCUAGAGGAGAAUUGCCUCUUGGCAUAACAGGUCCAAGCACUUAAGAAGUGGGAAAGGUAGUUGGAAAAAUUGGGGUGGGGAAAGAUGGCACUCAUUGAUAAGUGGUAAACAGCUCUUGAGGACCCAGUUUGACUAGGAGAACUGGCAGCUGCAGAAGAGGGGGAAGAAGGAAGAUGCCUCUUGUAACUUCUGCUCCUCUUUUUGGGUACAUGACAAGAAGGGCUGAAACUGUUGGGGCUGCUGUAGUUUUCUUUUUGUUGACAGUGUGUAAAUCUCUAGAGACUUAGGGGGUCACCUAUGAAACCUUAAGACUAUAAAGCCGUCUUGGAAAACAGCAAGGAGCUUUCAGAUGGGAGGUCUUGAAUGGUUUGUUGCACAUCAGGGGAAGACUUGAUGACUGCAGCCAAGAUGAACACUGCAUCGCAAUGACAGAAACCAUAGCUCAAGCCGCAGAGUCCACUUUAUCCAGGCUUACUUGCAGUGCUGUUCUGGCUACUAAUUUAUCCUCUUACACCAUAGCAACUGAAUUCGUGUUUUGCCUCAUCAAGAAGCUUGUCUUUGAACUUCAGGAUAUUAUCCCACAGGCUGCAAUCAUAUCAACUCAGCACAGCCUCUUGGUUUGCAAAUCCCAAUCCUAAAAUGUAAACCUGUGGAAUAAAAAGUUACCUGCUAACCAGA